AUGCACUUUUCCACCAUUGCCCUUGCAACACUGGUCUCGAUAGCCUCAGCUGCCCCAGCUGCCCUCGAGGCACGUUUCCCCAAGGGAAAUGUUCUUUCACCGUCUACAAUCUCUAUCUACCACAGCUCCAACGGCGCCAUCGACUAUGGUGUUGCCCGCGGCGAGGUAUCCCGCAAUAACUGGGACGGUCGCGACAACAGCACGCUUGUAACCUUCGAUCUCAACGGCAAGAAUUUACCAGAAAACUGCUUCCUGCGCUUCUGGCUCGAAUCUGGCACGCAGUCAUCCAGCCCUACCUCGGGCUCUUUCUGGUCCGGCACUGGGCUCAUCGAUGUCUUCUCUUCUCUGCAGCCGGCACCAAAGGAGGGAAGUACGGGAUGGGGAGGUCCAGGAAAUCAGAGAAAUAACCCUUUGGGCAGAAUGAAGGUCAACUACAACGGAGAUGCCACGGUGCUGGACUUUGCGCCUAAUCAAUUGAGUGGGUUCAAGUGCCCGAAAAUUGGAGACUGGAAUGUAAAGAACGGUCUUGUCGGAUACGAGCUUGUGCCUGCUGGAGAUCAAGAUAGGGUACAGUGGGACGGUACUGUUAGUGGGUUGUACUUGAAUUGGUAA